CGCCCUCACUUAACCAUUAGCCAAUUGGAGCCCGCGAUUGGCCCACUCCGGAAGUUCCGGUGCAGUACUUUGCUCGGGGUGGGUUCCCGGUUCUUUUCAGAAAGGCCCGCCCCCCCCGCCGCGUUUGUAUUUUUUUUCUGGCCCAGUUUCGAUGUCACGAUCGUGGCUUGGGAACGAUGGGGCCCGCGGAAGACUCUCGGGCGGCGAAGAAGCCGCAGCCAUUUUUCGGGGUCUACCUUCUCUACUGUCUCAACCCCAAAUACAGAGGCCGCGUCUACGUGGGCUUCACGGUGAACCCCUCUCGGCGAGUCCAGCAGCACAACGCCGGGCGCAAGAAGGGAGGGGCGUGGAGGACUAGCGGGCGAGGACCUUGGGAAAUGGUCCUCAUCGUCCACGGCUUUCCCUCUGAUGUGGCUGCCCUUAGGUUUGAGUGGGCCUGGCAGCACCCUGGGGCCUCCCGUCGCCUGGCUCACGUAAGUGGCAAAGCCAGGAAAGAGGGGGCCUUUUUUUUCCACCUUCGGGUACUGGCCCAGAUGCUACAGGUGGCCCCUUGGAAUCGGUUGCCCCUCACCGUGCGCUGGCUACAACAUGACUUCCAGCAGGAACUCAGCCCUCCACCUCCCCAGCAUAUGCCUCUUGCUUUUGGGCCUUUGCAACCAGGCCUCACUCAAGGAGGAAGGAGAGGGGUAGGCAAGGAAGCAGAUGACGUCUUCUGCUCUCUCUGCCAACAGCCAGUCCAGGAUAAGGAUGGACCCCUUUGCUGUCCUCACCCCAACUGUCCAUUGAAUGCUCACCUAAUUUGCCUUGCUGAAGAAUUCCUUCAAGAGGAACCUCAACAGCUUCUGCCCCUGAAGGGCUGCUGCCCAGGCUGUAAGAACACUUUGUUGUGGGGAGACUUGAUCCGUCUACACCAGGCAUAUCCUAGCAAUCUGGAAGAGGUAGAAUCUGACCUUGAAGAGACACACUGGACGGACGAAAUGAAGACUUAGGCAGUCAUCUUUUUCUGCCUAUGGACCUAAGCUUCCCAGGAACCUAGUUUUACUUUCCACCUCCAGCUAGCUUGGGGGGAUUUUUAAUAAUUUUUAUUCAACAGGUGGAAAAGGCUAGAUUUGGAGUUAAAAGGGCUGGAUUCAAAUUUUAGCUCCAAAACUUACCAGCUAUAUCAUACUAAUUGGUGUAGAGUUGUUAAUGUUAGUUCUUACAAUAAAGAGACUAAGUUAAAUGCUGGGCUACUUUGAGGUAGGGAAAAAAGCAAGAAACCUGGGAUGGGGUCAUAGAGAAAAUAAAUGUGUGUUUUCUUACAUGUGGAGGUUUAGCUUAGAGGAGACGAAAAUAGUAUUAGGAAGGGGAGGGAAGCUGGCACAGGCUUUCCCUGCCUAUAGGUGGGAGAUUAUCCUAGGAAAACAAAUAUUACCACAAAGUGAGCAGCUAGGGGCACCUGACAUGAGGACUCAGUGCUCUUAGGAUCCUACCUUCCUGACCUCAACUUUGGUUUAACUCCCUUAGUGCUGGUGACCAAAGGGAGAGCUUACAGCUACCUGGAAGAAUUGAUGGGAGAAGGACCAGGAAGAUAAGAGCUGGAGGGAGGGGAAGGGAAGGGAAGGGAAGGGAAGGAAAGAGCUGGUGUGUUAAACUAAGAUCUGGCCCUGAACUCUUAUGUGUUGUGUCCUCCAAUUAGAAUGGAAGUUCCUUGAGAUCAGGCAUUAAAUCAAUUUUCUGUUUGUAUCCCCAGCACCUAGCAGAGCACACAGUAAGCACUUAAACUAAAUGCUUUUUAAUCCAUUCAUGUAUUUCAACAGUGUUUCCAAAUCCCUGAUGGACAUUAAUCUUCAGGAUUUGGGAAUGAGAAAUUGUAGUUCUCAAAAUCAUGUUGUCCUGUAUUUUAAAAAAGUUUAUUUACAUGUUUUUAAAUAUCAAUGAGUGAUCAUAAAGAUAAACAAUUGUUUUUCUGUGAGUUAUACUAAAAGUUUUGGGUUUUCUACAAAAAAAAAGAAAAUAAUAAAUGUAUGGUUUAUUAUUAUUACAAACUAAUAUAUCAUUUACUGACUUAAACAUAUCUAAACAAGUUGAUUUUCUUAAAAUAUUUCCAACAUUCUUCAUAAUCUCAUUAUUACAGCUAUCUAAAAAUUUUUGAAUAAAUAAGAAAUAUUGUUUGGUAGUUAUUUAAAAAAAAAGAACUGUAACCAUUAGCAAAUAUUCAAACACUGGAAAACACCAUUGAACAUUAUUGGGUAGCAUUCAAAUAAUGUAACAUUGAGCUCUUCCAGCAAAGUUAACAACAUUACACAAAAUAAUAUGACAAAAUUGACAAUUUAAUAGGAUUCAAUUUUGCUUCCAAAACUUGUUAUUUCUUAGGAUACUACUUAUGUAAAAUUUGUAUAAAGUAUAUUAUGCAUACAAACUUGUAAAUAAUAUUUAUUUGCAAGAACGACUCAGCUGCAGAUAGGGCUGCAAACAUUCACUGAUCUUGACGCCUUCUCUUCUAUGUGUUCCUGUUCUGGUUUCCAGAAAUGUAGACCUUAACCUUUGACUCCAUAUGUCAGUGUUUUCUGCUUUUACUUAUCAGUGGAUUCUUUCCAACCAAUAAUGUCUCUGUUGAUUAUUAACCUUCUAGUUCUAAUAGGAGAAUCGGCACACUUCUUCCUGAUGGCUCAAAUGAUCUCCAGAUUUGAAAAAAAAAAGUGUCUCACAUGGAAACACUGCACUCAAUGAACAUUUUUCACUGUGUUAAAUACUGGAGAUACAGCUAUAAGAGAGAUGCCUUCAUCAAGCUUGCAUUUCUACCAAGGCAGAAUCACUCCAACUGACUCUCCCAAGUCCCAUCUCUGUCCAUGACAUGACCAUUCAUCUAGUCACUCCAAGGCAGAAAUCUUUGGGUCAUAUUUGACAUCUUUAUCCUGCAUCCUGGGAUGCAUGCUGUCCUUGUCAAAUAAAUCUUGUCCAAUUUUCCUUAA